AUGGUUGCUACGAUCAAAUCUGGUAUAAUCACUUUGCUCCAUACAGCCUGUGGUGCAGGUAUAUUGGCUAUGCCAUUUGCUUUUAAACCAUUUGGUCUACUUUUUGGUAUCUUGAUCAUUACAUUUUGUGGUUGCUGUGCUUUACUAGGACUUCUAUUGCAAACAAGAGUUGUCAAAUAUAUCCCCCAAAAUUCGAAUGCAUCUUUUUUUGUUCUUGCAAAUCAAAUCAACCCUAAUCUAAGUGUAAUAUUUGAUAUAGCCAUUGCUGUUAAAUGCUUUGGUGUAGGCGUCUCUUAUUUAAUUGUUAUUGGUGAUUUAAUGCCACAAAUACUAAAUGUUUUUACUGAAAAUUCUUGGCUACUGAAUAGAAACUUCCACAUUACCAUGAUGAUGUUGUUUAUUGUGACGCCACUAUGCUUUAUGAAAAGAUUAAAUUCUCUAAGACAUGCAUCCAUGAUCGCUAUUUCUUCAGUGGUUUAUCUCUGUCUUUUAGUCAUCAUACAUUUUAUUUUACCAUCAAAUGAUAUUGAAGGUUUGAAAGGUAAAGUAUCCUGGUGGUUUCCUAAGAAUGAACCUUCACCAUUGACUACGUUACCAAUUUUUGUUUUUGCUUAUACAUGCCACCAUAACAUGUUUUCGGUCAUUAAUGAACAACCAAAGAAAAAUUUCUCUAAUACAAGAUGCAUAGCUAUCUACUCCAUUUUACUGGCGUUUUUAUUGUAUAUUGUAAUUGGUGGCUCAGGAUAUUUAACAUUUGGUGACAAUAUCACUGGAAAUAUCAUCAUGUUAUACCCACAGAGUAUAUCAAGUACCAUUGGAAGAAUGGCUAUUGUCUUAUUAGUUAUGCUAGCCUUUCCUUUACAAUGCCAUCCUGCCAGAGCUUCUAUUCAUCACACUAUACAUUUUUUUGAAACAAGAUAUAGAAACAAAGGUAACAAAACUAAUAAUUCCAAUGAAAUGGAUAUCUCCGGUAAUUUCGCUGUUACAACUAGCACCAUUAGUAUCGUUGACAAUACUUUUAAUAACAGCACUACCGCACUCAUCCCCCAAAUAUCUGUAACAGAAGAUGCUACACUAAUAGUUGCAGAAGAAUUAAUUGAAGAAAACUCUCCAAAACAACCAGAAAUAGUUCCUUUAAAAGGUAAAAGAUUCAUCAUAAUUACUACUUGCAUUCUUGUAUGUUCAUAUCUGCUAGCUAUAUCAGUUCAUUCCUUAGCUUUUAUGUUAUCUCUUGUAGGUGCAACUGGUUCUACUUCAAUCUCAUUUAUUUUACCCGGUAUCUUUGGUUAUAAGUUAAUCGGAUCCGAAUAUACUGCUGCUUCGAAUUCAACUAUGACCAUGCCAAAAAAAACCAAACUUUUUAAGUUUUUCGGAUUAUGCUUGACACUUUGGGGUGUAAUAAUAAUGAUCACUUCACUAUUUGCAACGUUAACUGUAGGACCAUCUCAUUAA